CAUUAAAACAAAAUUGUUUAUUUGGAUCUUUUGAUUUGUGUAUCAUUUUAGUUUUUUAAAUUAAUUUUUUUUAACAUGGCAAUCAAAUCUCAAGUGUUAACUACAACAAAUUUGCCGAUGUACUCAAUUCAAACAUUCCUAAAUAAUUACAUACUGGUUGCUGGCGGCGGAGGUUCAAGCAAAACUGGUAUAUUAAAUGGAUUUGAAAUAUUUAAAUUAAGUAGAGAUGGUAAAACUGUAACUUUGACAAGAGUGAUCCGCUAUGAUAGUGGUCCAAAUGUAAUAAUGAACUGUUGUACAAAUUAUAGUGGUAACAAAAUUUACAUUGCAGCAAACGAAAAUGAAAAAUGUCGACAGUAUAUUGCUGAUAUUGUUAUAGAACCAACUUUUCAAAAUGGUAAAGCAAGCAAAGAGAUUAACUUUAAAAUAACAACAGGAGAUUCUUUAUUAACAGACUUCAGUGAAGAUGAACCACUUCAAAGAAUUGUUAAAGUCAACAACGAUGGAAAUAUGAUGGUAACAGGAGGAGCUGAUGGAUGCAUUCGACUUUGGAACUUUCCAAUAGUCAAAUCAAAAGAAACUAACCCAUUAAAAACCUAUGAAGGCCAUACUAAAGAAAUCGAUGACAUAGACAUAAGUUGUGAUGGUAAAUUUAUAGUAAGUGUAGCCAAAGAUGGAAAAGCGUAUCAUUGGAAUACUCUCACUGACAUACGAUCAGCUCUCAUUCAUCCAAUUAAUGAUAAACAAAUAUUUAAAAGAUGUAAAUUUGGUAUAAUUAGCAAUAAACCGAUUUAUAACAUUUAUACAAUUGCAAAUGGUCCAAGGCAAAAAUCUUACUUACAAAGAUGGUCGGAAAAAAAUAAAAUACUCAAUGAGCUAUUAUUUUCUGAGCCUACAUCAGCCUUAGCAGUAAGUAAAGAUGGACUAUAUAUUGCUGUAGGUACAAUGUACUCAGGAAGUGUUAGCAUACACGAGGCAAGUAAUUUCAAAACUGUUUAUAAUGUUAAUCAAGCUCAUGCGAUGUUUGUUACUGGCUUAGAAUUUUUGAAUGGAAAUAUGACACCAGACAUGAAAGCAGCAGUAUUAUCGAUAUCAGUUGACAACCGUGUGUGUCUUCAUAGUAUACCUUUUAUAAAAUUAAUGCCUUAUUGGCAAAUGUUUAUAAUAAUACAUUUAAUUAUAAUUUUGUUUUACUUUAUUAUUUUUAUUAUGUAA